CCCCUGCGCAGAGCAAUGUUCUGGGAUGGUGCCGGAGAUGCGUGGACCGAGCCCAGGCCGCAGGCUGCCCGAGCCCGCCCCCUGCCCCGCCGCAGGCGGGAACCCUGAGCCCUGGGCCUUGGGCCGCCGCCACCGCCACGUCCUAGCCCUGCCUGAGGAGGAGGCAUGGCGGCCCCAGCAGUGCGCCCUGCUCGAGGCCGACGCCUCGGACGAGGUGGGCAUGCUGCCCGCCUCCCCGCGUGCCGUCGCCGCGGGCUUCGACAACUUCUUCCCGGUGCAGGAGGGCGAGGGCCCCGGCUGGGAGGGCGGCGCGGCCCUGGAAGCUGGCUCCAGCCCGUUCCUCCCGGUGAGCCCCGAGGUGAUGAAGCGGCGGCGCGGGGGGCUCAUCGAGCAGCGCGACAUCAUCAAGGCCCACGAGGCGCACAAGAUGCAGAGCACCCCGCAGGCCCGGCGCAAGGAGUGGGAGAUGGCUCGCUUCGGGGAGGCGGUGGUCGGCAGGCCGGGGUCGGGCGAUGGAGACUCGGACCAGAGCAGGAACCGGCAAGGAACCCCGGUGCCGGCCUCGGGGCCAGCGGCCGCCUACAAGCAGUCGAAAGCGCAGAGGGCGCGGACUAUGGCUUUGUACAACCCCAUUCCCGUCCGGCAGAACUGUUUCACCGUCAACAGAUCCCUGUUCAUCUUCGGAGAAGAUAAUAUUGUCAGGAAAUACGCCAAGAAGCUCAUCGAUUGGCCGCCGUUUGAGUACAUGAUUUUGGCCACCAUCAUUGCCAACUGCAUUGUCUUGGCCCUGGAACAGCAUCUUCCUGAGGAUGACAAGACCCCGAUGUCCCGCAGACUGGAAAAGACAGAACCAUAUUUCAUCGGGAUCUUUUGCUUUGAAGCUGGUAUCAAAAUUGUGGCCCUGGGGUUCAUCUUCCAUAAGGGCUCGUACCUCCGCAAUGGCUGGAAUGUCAUGGAUUUCAUCGUGGUCCUCAGUGGCAUCCUGGCUACGGCAGGAACCCACUUCAACACACAUGUGGACCUGAGGACCCUUCGGGCUGUGCGUGUCCUGAGGCCCCUGAAGCUCGUGUCAGGGAUACCUAGCCUACAGAUUGUGUUGAAGUCCAUCAUGAAGGCCAUGGUGCCUCUUCUGCAAAUUGGCCUUCUGCUCUUCUUUGCCAUCUUGAUGUUCGCCAUCAUUGGCUUGGAGUUCUACAGUGGGAAGUUGCACCGGGCAUGUUUCACGAACAGUUCAGGUAUUCUAGAAGGAUUUGACCCUCCUCACCCAUGUGGUGUGCAGGGCUGCCCAGCUGGUUAUGAAUGCAAGGACUGGAUUGGCCCCAACGAUGGGAUCACCCAGUUUGAUAACAUCCUUUUUGCUGUGCUGACUGUCUUCCAAUGCAUCACCAUGGAAGGAUGGACCACCGUGCUGUACAAUACCAAUGAUGCCUUAGGAGCCACCUGGAAUUGGCUGUACUUCAUCCCCCUCAUCAUCAUUGGAUCCUUCUUUGUUCUCAACCUCGUUCUGGGAGUGCUUUCCGGGGAAUUUGCCAAAGAGAGAGAGAGAGUGGAGAACCGGAGAGCUUUCAUGAAAUUGCGGCGGCAGCAGCAGAUUGAGCGUGAGCUGAAUGGGUACCGCGCCUGGAUAGACAAAGCAGAGGAAGUCAUGCUUGCUGAAGAAAAUAAAAACGCUGGAACAUCAGCCUUAGAAGUGCUUCGAAGGGCAACCAUCAAAAGGAGCCGGACAGAGGCCAUGACUCGAGACUCCAGCGAUGAGCACUGUGUUGAUAUCUCCUCUGUGGGCACACCUCUUGCCCGAGCCAGCAUCAAAAGUGCAAAGGUGGAUGGGGCCUCCUAUUUCCGGCACAAAGAAAGGCUUCUGCGCAUCUCUAUCCGCCACAUGGUCAAAUCCCAGGUGUUUUACUGGAUUGUGUUGAGCCUUGUGGCUCUCAACACUGCCUGUGUGGCCAUCGUCCAUCACAACCAGCCCCAGUGGCUCACCCAUCUCCUCUACUAUGCAGAAUUUCUGUUUCUGGGACUGUUCCUCUUGGAGAUGUCCUUGAAGAUGUAUGGCAUGGGGCCUCGACUUUACUUUCACUCUUCAUUCAACUGUUUUGAUUUUGGGGUCACAGUGGGCAGUAUCUUUGAAGUGGUCUGGGCAAUCUUCAGACCUGGUACAUCUUUUGGAAUCAGUGUCUUGCGAGCUCUCCGGCUUCUAAGAAUAUUUAAAAUAACCAAGUAUUGGGCAUCUCUGCGAAAUCUGGUGGUCUCCUUGAUGAGUUCUAUGAAGUCUAUCAUCAGUUUGCUCUUCCUCCUCUUCCUCUUCAUCGUUGUCUUUGCUCUCCUAGGAAUGCAGCUGUUUGGGGGCAGGUUUAACUUUAAUGAUGGGACUCCUUCAGCAAACUUUGACACCUUUCCGGCAGCCAUCAUGACUGUAUUCCAGAUCCUAACAGGUGAGGACUGGAAUGAGGUUAUGUACAAUGGGAUCCGCUCCCAGGGUGGAGUUAGCUCAGGCAUGUGGUCAGCUAUCUAUUUCAUUGUGCUCACCUUGUUUGGAAACUACACACUGCUGAAUGUGUUCUUGGCCAUUGCUGUAGACAAUCUGGCCAAUGCCCAAGAGCUGACCAAGGAUGAACAAGAAGAAGAGGAAGCCUUCAACCAGAAACAUGCAUUGCAGAAGGCCAAGGAGGUCAGCCCGAUGUCUGCACCCAACAUGCCUUCUAUCGAAAGAGACAGAAGGAGAAGACACCACAUGUCGAUGUGGGAGCCACGCAGCAGCCACCUGAGGGAGCGGAGGCGCCGGCACCACAUGUCAGUGUGGGAGCAGCGCACCAGCCAGCUGAGAAGGCACAUGCAGAUGUCCAGCCAGGAGGCCCUCAACAAAGAGGAGGCCCCACCAAUGAACCCCCUCAACCCCCUCAACCCGCUGAGCCCCCUCAACCCACUCAACGCCCACCCGAGCCUCUACCGGAGACCCAGACCCAUUGAGGGCCUGGGCCUGGGCCUGGAGAAAUGUGAGGAGGAGCGCAUUAGCCGCGGGGGGUCCCUCAAGGGGGACGGAGGGGACCUGCCGAGUGCCUUGGACAACCAGAGGAGCCCCUUGUCCUUGGGCAAACGGGAGCCACCAUGGCUGGCCAGGCCGUGUCAUGGUAACUGUGAUUCGACCCAGCAGGAGGCUGGGGGAGGGGAGACUGUAGUGACCUUCGAGGACCGGGCCAGGCACAGGCAGAGCCAGCGGCGCAGCAGGCACCGUCGUGUCAGGACCGAAGGCAAGGAACCCUCCUCCACCUCCCGGAGCAGGUCUGCCAGCCAGGAGCGGAGUCUGGAUGAAGGGGGGCCCACCGAGGGGGAGAAGGACCGAGAGCCCAGGGCCAGCCACGGGGGCAAGGAACCCACAAUCCAGGAAGAGGAAAGAGGCCAAGACUUAAGGAGGACCAACAGUCUGAUGGUGCCCAGAGGCUCUGGGCUGGCAGGAGCCCUCGACGAGGCCAACACACCCUUAGUCCAGCCGCAGCCAGAGUUGGAAAUGGGGAAGGACACGGCUCUGACAGAGCAGGAGCCGGAGGGCAGCAGUGAGCAAGCUCUGCUGGGGGAUGUGCAGUUGGACAUGGGCCGGGCCAUCAGUCAGAGUGAGCCCGACCUCUCCUGUGUCACGGCCAACACGGACAAAGCCACCACUGAGAGUACCAGCGUCACCGUCGCCAUCCCCGACGUGGGCCCCUUGGUGGACUCAACUGUGGUUCACAUUAGCAACAAGACUGAUGGAGAAGCCAGUCCUUUGAAGGAGGCAGAGAUCAAAGAGGAGGAGGAAGAGGUAGAGAAGAAGCAGCAAAAGAAGGAGAAGCGUGAGACGGGCAAAGCCAUGGUUCCCCACAGCUCUAUGUUCAUCUUCAGCACCACCAACCCGAUUCGCAGGGCCUGCCACUACAUUGUGAACCUGCGCUACUUUGAGAUGUGCAUUCUCCUGGUGAUCGCAGCCAGCAGCAUUGCCCUGGCAGCCGAGGACCCUGUCCUGACCAACUCGGAGCGCAACAAAGUCCUGAGGUAUUUUGACUAUGUUUUCACUGGCGUGUUCACCUUUGAGAUGGUUAUAAAGAUGAUAGACCAGGGCUUGAUCCUGCAGGAUGGGUCCUACUUCCGAGACCUAUGGAACAUCCUGGACUUUGUGGUGGUGGUUGGCGCAUUGGUGGCCUUUGCUUUGGCGAACGCCUUGGGAACUAACAAGGGGCGGGACAUCAAGACCAUCAAAUCUCUGAGGGUGCUCCGAGUUCUGAGACCGCUGAAGACCAUCAAGCGCUUGCCCAAGCUCAAGGCUGUCUUUGAUUGCGUGGUGACUUCCUUGAAGAAUGUCUUCAACAUACUCAUUGUCUACAAGCUCUUCAUGUUCAUCUUCGCUGUCAUCGCAGUUCAGCUCUUCAAGGGAAAGUUCUUUUAUUGCACGGACAGUUCCAAGGACACAGAGAAGGAGUGCAUAGGCAACUAUGUAGAUCAUGAAAAAAACAAGAUGGAGGUGAAAGGCCGGGAAUGGAAGCGCCAUGAAUUCCACUACGACAACAUUAUCUGGGCCCUGCUGACCCUCUUCACUGUCUCCACAGGGGAAGGAUGGCCUCAAGUCUUACAGCAUUCUGUCGAUGUGACAGAGGAAGACCGAGGACCAAGCCGCAGCAACCGCAUGGAGAUGUCCAUCUUUUACGUGGUCUACUUUGUGGUCUUCCCUUUCUUCUUUGUCAAUAUCUUUGUGGCUCUCAUCAUCAUCACCUUCCAGGAGCAAGGAGACAAGAUGAUGGAGGAGUGCAGCCUGGAGAAGAACGAGAGGGCGUGCAUCGACUUCGCCAUCAGUGCCAAACCUCUCACCCGCUACAUGCCGCAGAACAGGCAUACCUUCCAGUACCGUGUCUGGCACUUCGUGGUGUCGCCGUCCUUUGAGUACACCAUUAUGGCCAUGAUCGCCUUGAACACCGUCGUGCUGAUGAUGAAGUACUACUCUGCUCCCUGUACCUAUGAACUGGCCCUGAAGUACCUGAAUAUUGCCUUCACCAUGGUGUUUUCUCUGGAAUGUGUCCUAAAGAUCAUCGCGUUUGGCUUCUUGAACUAUUUUCGAGAUACCUGGAAUAUCUUUGACUUUAUCACCGUGAUUGGCAGUAUCACAGAAAUCAUUCUGACAGACAGCAAGCUGGUGAACACCAGUGGCUUCAAUAUGAGCUUUCUGAAGCUCUUCCGAGCUGCUCGUCUCAUCAAGCUUCUACGUCAGGGCUACACCAUCCGUAUUUUACUUUGGACUUUUGUACAGUCCUUUAAGGCCCUCCCCUACGUCUGCCUUUUGAUUGCCAUGCUUUUCUUCAUCUAUGCCAUCAUCGGGAUGCAGGUAUUCGGAAACAUAAAAUUAGAUGAGGAGAGUCACAUCAACCGACACAACAACUUCCGGAGUUUCUUCGGGUCCCUCAUGUUACUCUUCAGGAGUGCCACAGGUGAGGCCUGGCAGGAGAUAAUGCUGUCGUGCCUCGGGGAGAAAGGCUGUGAGCCCGACACCACUGCGCCAUCAGGGCAGAAUGAGAAUGAGCGCUGUGGCACCGAUCUGGCCUAUGUUUACUUUGUCUCCUUCAUCUUCUUCUGCUCCUUCUUGAUGCUCAACCUGUUUGUGGCCGUCAUCAUGGACAACUUUGAGUACCUGACUCGGGACUCAUCCAUCCUAGGGCCUCACCACUUGGACGAGUUUGUCCGCGUCUGGGCAGAAUAUGACAGAGCUGCAUGCGGCAGGAUCCCGUAUAAGGAUAUGUACAAAUUAGUGCGGGUGAUCUCGCCGCCUCUGGGCCUGGGAGAGAACUGCCCCUACAGGGUGGCUUGCAAGAGGUUGGUCCUGAUGAAUAUGCCAGUAGCUGAGGACAUGACAGUCCACUUCACCUCCACACUCAUGGCUCUGAUACGGACAGCACUGGACAUCAAAAUCGCCAAAGGUGGUGCAGACAGACAGCAGCUAGACUCAGAACUACAAAAGGAGACCCUGGCCAUCUGGCCUCACCUAUCCCAGAAGAUGCUAGAUCUGCUCGUGCCCAUGCCCAAAGCCUCUGACCUGACUGUGGGCAAAAUCUAUGCAGCAAUGAUGAUCAUGGACUACUAUAAACAGAGUAAGGUGAAGAAGCAGAGGCAGCAGCUGGAGGAACAGAAAAACGCACCCAUGUUCCAGCGCAUGGAGCCUUCAUCUCUGCCUCAGGAGAUCAUUGCUAAUGCCAAAGCCCUGCCUUAUCUCCAGCAGGACCCUGUCUCAGGCUUGAGUGGCCGUAGUGGAUACCCUUCGAUGAGUCCGCUCUCCCCCCAGGAAAUAUUCCAGUUGGCUUGUAUGGACCCAGCCGAUGAUGGACAGUUUCAGGAACAGCAGUCUCUGGAGCCAGAGGUUAGUGAAUUAAAAAGCGUGCAGUCCUCUAACCAUGGCAUCUACCUUCCUUCGGACACCCAGGAGCAUACGGGAUCUGGGAGGGCAUCCUCUAUGCCACGCCUGACUGUGGAUCCCCAGGUGGUGACAGACCCUAGCUCCAUGAGACGCUCAUUUUCCACCAUUCGGGAUAAGCGUUCAAAUUCCUCAUGGUUGGAGGAAUUCUCUAUGGAGAGAAGCAGUGAAAACACCUACAAGUCACGUCGCCGGAGUUACCACUCCUCCCUGAGGCUGUCAGCUCAUCGCCUGAAUUCUGACUCAGGCCACAAGUCUGACACCCACCGCUCAGGGGGCAGAGAGCGGGGACGGUCAAAAGAGCGAAAGCAUCUUCUCUCUCCCGAUGUCUCCCGCUGCAACUCAGAGGAGCGAGGGACCCAGGCUGACUGGGAGUCCCCCGAGCGCCAUGAGUCCAGGUCUCCCAGCGAGGGCAGGUCACAGACCCCCAACAGACAGGGCACGGGUUCCCUGAGUGAGAGCUCCAUCCCCUCCAUCUCUGACACCAGCACUCCGAGACGAAGUCGCCGGCAGCUCCCGCCCGUGCCACCAAAGCCUCGUCCCCUCCUUUCCUACAGCUCCCUGAUUCGACACACCGGGAGCAUGUCUCCGCCGGCUGAUGGAAGCGAGGGUGGCUCUCCGCUGGCCUCCCAAGCCCUGGAGAGCCCUGAGGCCAGCCUGGCGGAGUCUUCCAGCUCCCGGCACGUACAGCAGGGUCAGCACGCCUCCCCACAGCGCUACAUCUCCGAGCCCUACCUGGCCCUGCACGAAGACUCCCACGCCUCGGACUGUGGCGAGGAGGAGACACUCACCUUCGAAGCAGCUGUGGCCACCAGCCUGGGCCGCUCCAACACCAUCGGCUCGGCCCCACCGCUGCGGCACAGCUGGCAGAUGCCCAAUGGGCACUAUCGACGGCGGAGGCGCGGGGGGCCCGGGCCAGGUGUGAUGUGUGGGGCUGUCAGCGACCUCCUGAGUGACACGGAAGAGGACGACAAGUGCUAGAGGCUGCUCCCCCCUCCGAUGCAUGCUCUUCUCUCACACGGAGAAAACCAGGACCGAAUUGGGAAGCCAGUGCUGCCCGGGGGGGGAGGAAGAGGGAGGAGGAAGAGAGAAGGACACCAUGCAUUAUUGGACAAGAGGAAGGAAAGGACCCAAGGAAAACCAGUCGAACGCGCCCGAUUGCUUUACUUCCCUUUGCAAGAUGGGCACUGCCAUAGUUUUGCCUCUUUGCUGGGGAAAGGAAAUACAAGAACACAGAGGGUUAUUCCCACGGCAGAAGGGACGUGAGGAUGGCUUUGCUUCCCCUUGCCCCUUCCCACUUUUCUCUAAGCCGUGGAGGGAUGGAGCUGGCCUGUGUCUACGCCCCUUGCCCUGAAAAGCCUGGAAGAUUUUUCUGGCUCUUACCUGGGGAGUCGUGGAGGCCACAGGAGAGGAACCUCCUCCCUCACCAACUCUUGCUCCCUGGCCAGCACCACUGCCAUCAGGGCAACCGCAACGGCAUCUCAUGCAUUACCCUCUGGCUUGCUUCCCCCAAAGAAGCACAGGCUAAGUUUAGGAGCCUUGGAUGCCAAGGAUAGGAGGCAAGGAGGGAGGGAAAAGCUGAAGUGGAACAAGGGGUCAGGGUGCCGUGGCAGCAGCAGCAAGGGCUGGUCUGGGUGAGCAAAGCCAUAGUCCAGCAGCCCAGACCACAGGGGAGAGGCUCAGAGAGAUGAUGAAUGGGUGGUGUUGGGGGCAACAGUCCUGUCUCUUGGAAGCCUGUCACCCACUCAGCAGGUGCUGCGUUAGGGUAGGCCAGGGAGGUCCCUCAGGCUCCACAGAGGUCCCUGACGCUCCAGGAAGGGUGAUAUUUUAAAAGCAUUUGACCCCUCUGGCCAGCGCACCAGCUGGUGUGAGCAGAGGUUCAGCCUUCCUGCUGGCGCCCUGUGCUCUGCCAGGCCUUAGGCCCUGCAAAUGCUGGUCAUAAGGGAUCCCUGAGGGGGGUGGGGGCCAUUUAAGGCACAGUCUGUUUUCCAACCAGUCUAGAAGAACGUGGAACAGUCCUACAGUUGUAUCGGCACAUACAGCCAAAUGUCAACCUAGACUCUGGCCCAGGAGCCCGCGGGCCUCUCUGCCAGCCCCUGACCAGGCAGCACACAUAAACCCAAGGUGGGCCCUACAUCACCUGGUAGAGACUUCUAGAGAGAGAGGAAAGGCAGACAGACUGAAAUGAGAAGCUUCCAUGGGAGCAUCAGUGUGAGUUUGCUGAGGACCUCCUGGGAGGAGGGGCCCUUGGUCUGGCAGCUUCCUCAGCCAGCUUGUGCUUAAGGGUCAGUUUGGCAUGAUACUUGGAAGGUGAUCAGUAAAUAUACCUCAGCUUAGACCUGGGCUGCUCCUCCUAGCAAAGCAGGUUCUGACGGGGCCUCAUCACAUCAUGUGAUGAGACUGGGCUUUACCCCUCCCCAGAGUAAGAGCUGGGCAGAAGACAGCCUCAGGCCACUGUGUCCUUCUUAACUCCCCAAUCUCAGAAGCGUUACGAAAAAGAGAGCCUUUCUUGGCUAAUCCGUGCUCCUCUUGUUUCGACUGUCCAUUCAGGGAAGCACAUCACUCUCUUUAUCUGGUGGAAUGCACCGUCCCCUUCACUUCCUCCCUGGGCUCAUCACAGUAAGGAGAAGGAUCCCCGGAGAAGGGCGCCAGGCAGGGCUUUCCCUGCGCCACCAGGAGCAGAUGGGGCUUUCCUCGCAGGACCCUCCCCUGGCCUGACAUCACAGUGGAUAAACACUCUUUCUUUUUUAUCCUCCUCCAGCCAAAACAGACUCCACCUCUUGGGUAGGAGAAGUUAGGCGCUGUUGUUUUUCUUAGAAGGAGCCUCUUUUUACUUAUGAAGCUUUGUGUUUGUUUUGGCUGAAAUGGAACUAAGGA